AUGGAGGCGCUAAUGGCCUUUAACAUGCAAGUCCAUAAAGAGCGGCUCAAGAGAGCUGAGAGCCCACACCUCUGUGCUGGAGACUGUGGAGUCCCACACCAUGAGUUUGGGACUACUUUCAGGCGCGUGGGCAGCACGCGGGCAGCGGAAGCGGAAGCUGUGGAAGAGAACUUGGAGCUACCAGUGGAUGAUUCUGAAGCCCUGGGGCCUGUGGCGGCGGCGGAAGUGAUUAGACAGGAGUAUCAUGUCUUAUACUCCUGUAGCUACCAAGUGCCCGUUCUUUACUUUAGGGCAAGCUUUUUAGAUGGGAGACCUUUAGCUCUGGAGGAUAUAUGGGAAGGAGUCCAUGAAUGCUAUAAGCCGCGGCUGCUCCAGGGACCGUGGGAUACCAUCACCCAGCAGGAGCAUCCAAUACUUGGGCAGCCAUUUUUUGUUCUACAUCCCUGCAAGACAAAUGAAUUCAUGACUGCUGUGCUAAAGAAUUCACAGAAAAUCAAUAGAAAUGUCAACUACAUCACAUCAUGGCUGAGCAUCGUGGGGCCAGUUGUUGGUCUGAAUUUACCUCUGAGCUACGCCAAAGCAACAUCACAAUCUGAGUGAUCUGUGAACAAGCAAGAUCUGCUGAUCCUAGAAACUGCAGCAUGAAGGAUAGCAAGAGCUCUGCCUGGGAAGCCUCAGCUUUCAUGGAAAUGGGACUGCAGUAUCUCAUGUCACCAAGAUUUGAUGCGGAGUUCUUUCCUCAGAAAGAAGACAUCUGCAAAACCUGUUUGCUUGGGAUAGUGGUUGUGUGGAAGGAACAAGUCACGAAUUCAGAUCACUAUAAACAACAAAAAUGAACCUAUUUCAGCGGUGAUGUCAUUGCUGGCGUCAUCAAGGCUCGCACAGGUUCUUUUUGCCUUGGCACAGUUCUUCUGUUGUGGAGAUUGAUGGGGAAGUAUAUUUGUGUGCUUGCUUUAGUGUACAAUGUGUGAAAAUUAAAAUGUAGAACUUGCCUGUUUCUGAAAAUUAAUGUUAUACAUUUGACCCAUCUUAAAUUAUUCUCCCACAGUCAAACUCAGGAGCAAUGGGUUAUUUCUCAAUUACUCACCAAAAAAAUAAAAGUGUGUGUGUGUGUGUGUGUGUGUGUGUGU